CUUCUAAAACAUAAGUCUUUUGUUUUGUUUUUACCAUUCAUGAUGGUCUUCUGAAUGGCGUCCUAAAUCAUAAUUGCCUUUUGUAAAUUAUAAUAAAUUAUAUUAUUGAUUGUUCAAUAAAAUUGCUUUGUACUCCUUUAAAACUGCUUGUCGGCUCGACGCGACGUUCACAUCGACACCCAGAAUUAGUAGAAAUUGAAUACUGCUUUGAGAUAAGCCGCUUGGCUGUGAUACCGAUACGGCAAUUUUUUAAGAUGCGUUGUUUAGCCUUUGUUCUAUUAGUCUAUCUAUCUUUAAAUGUCGAAGAUGCUCAUGGAAAGAAGUUAUUUUCGAAGGGAUUCAUUGGUGGUCCUAACAAGGUAUUUGCUCAUCUUCAGCAAGAGCCACAAGUAGAAUGGUUUCAACAAAUACUUGAUCAUUCAAAUGCAACAAAGUAUCCCAAAUGGAAGCAGAGAUAUUACAUAUCCACUGAGCACUACAAGCCUGGUGGACCAAUUUUCUUGAUGAUUGGUGGCGAAGGAAAAGAAACCCCCAAAUGGAUGACUAGUGGUGCUUGGAUUCAUUAUGCAGCUAAGUUUAAUGCCUUGUGUAUUUCUCUGGAACAUCGUUUCUAUGGUGCAAGCCAGCCGACUGGAAAUUUAUCAACAGAUAGUCUACAAUAUUUAACAUCAGAGCAAGCACUCGCCGAUUUGGCUUAUUUUAUAAGCGUAAUGAAAGUUAAAUAUGAUGAGGAAGGUUCCAAAAAGUGGAUCGCUUUCGGGGGGUCUUAUCCUGGAUCUCUAGCUGCAUGGGCGAGGGAAAAGUACCCAGAACUAAUUCAUGGUUCGAUUAGCUCGAGUGGGCCUUUAUUGGCUGAGGUUGAUUUUAAGGAAUAUUUUGAGGUGGUUCAGCAAUCUUUGGCAUCAUAUUCGGAAGAUUGUGUGGUAGCAGUGCGAAGAUCAUUCUCCCAAUUGGAGAUCUUACUAAGGCACAUGAUUGGGCAGCGAGAAAUCAAUGAGAAGUUUCAACUUUGUGAUCCAGUCGAGAAAUCCAUAGACAAUAAAUUAGACAUUGCUAGUUUAUUUGAAAACAUUGCUGGUAAUUUUGCGGGUGUUGUUCAAUAUAAUAAAGACAAUUCGCCUCAUUCCACUAAAACCAUAGACGAUGUCUGCGAUGUGAUGGUCAAUGAAACAUUGGGAACUCCAGUUCAAAGAUUGGCAGAAGUUAAUCGAAUGAUGUUAAAUGAGAGCAAAGAAAAAUGUUUGGACUACAAAUAUGACAAAAUGAUUGAAGAUAUGAAAAACAUUACUUGCGAUGAAGACAAAGCAAUGCGUCAAUGGACAUAUCAAACGUGCAACGAAUUUGGAUUCUAUCAAACUUCCACCCAAACAGAUCUCUUAUUUUCUGAUCGUUUUCCCGUUGACUUUUUCAUCAGGCAAUGCAUGGACAUCUUUUCAGAAAAAAUGGAUUCUCAGUAUCUGCAAGCUGUGGUUGGAAAAACAAAUACUUUCUAUGGAGCAUUGAACCCAAACACAACAAAUGUACUCUAUGUGCAUGGAUCUAUUGAUCCAUGGCAUGCACUUGGAUUAAUAUCAUCUCCAAACCCAAAUACUCCAACAAUUUUCAUAGAAGGAACUGCCCAUUGUGCCAAUAUGUACGAGCCAAGUAAAAAUGAUAUUCCGGCAUUGACUGAAGCUCGUCAAAAGAUUCAAGACUUCAUUGAGAACAUCCUGAAAACUUAAACUAAGAAAUAAGUUGUAAGCGUUAUCAUUUUUGUUAUAGUUUUAAAUUAAAACAAACGAAAGUUUAAUAAUCUUGUAAUGUUAGCUAUAAAAAUAAUAACAAUAAAUUGUUUUGUUGCGAUUAGUAGAGCUCAUAGAAACUCCAUUUCUCAGUUCUAUGAAGUUUGAUUAAGCAACAAAAACAAAAAUGCAAAA